UAGCCAAUAUUUUUUAUGAUUACCCGUCAAAAUUUGAAUGUGGUAGCUCUAAUUUCCUAACAUAAACAAUAAUGGAGCCUCUUUACCAGGAAUCAAUGAAAUUAUUCCAAGAAACUCAGAGACAGCUACAAGAACUCUCAUCUUUUAGUACUGGUAACCACCAAGUUAUAGAGGCAAGAAUUAGUGAUAGUCUAAUGCAGUUAGAAAGUGACUGUCAGCAAUUAACACACCUUGUCAAUAAGGAGCCUCUUCACACAAGGCAACAACAAAAAAUGCGUGUGGAGCAACUGAAAGCUGAUCUAACAGGACUACAGAAGGCUUUUAAUAUCCACCAACGUCAAAGACAGGAAGCUGAAGAUGCAGUGCGGGCUAGGGAAGAGCUCCUGUCCAGAAGUAAUGUACAUGUUCCUCAUCAUCAGAAUCGUGACACAGCAAUACCACUCGAUCCCACGCUUGAGCAUCAUACCCGCCUCCACGACGCAAACAGAGGUCUCGAUGAACUACUCUCAAAUGCAUCUAGCGUACUCGGUGGAUUAAAGAAUCAGCAUGGUAUUUUGAAGGGUGCACAGCGUAAGAUGUGGGAUAUUGCUAAUACGCUUGGGUUGUCUGACACGAUAAUGAAGUUAAUCGAAAGAAGAACAGCUCAAGAUCGAUACAUCUUUUGGGGAGGAGUUAUAAUAACGCUUUUUAUCAUGUAUAUUGUUCUUCGUUAUUUUUUGUAAUAUAAUAUAUUUAUUGCUCAUUUGGCUUCAAGGUUGCCAUUUGAGAUACUAUUAAAUGAAAUUUUA